AUGGAAUAUUACGAACAAUAUCCACAUCAUCACCAUCACCAUCACCAUUUCCGACAGCCGGAGCAAGCUGUGCCGGCUUCUGCAUCUUCUCAUCAUAAAUCUUUGCUUCCCCAGAGAUCAGGAAUCUCUAAAGGGAAGUAUUCGCUAAAAGAUUUCCAAAUCAUGAGAACUUUAGGUACAGGAUCCUUUGGACGUGUUCAUUUGGUAAGAUCAGUUCACAAUGGUAGGUACUAUGCAAUGAAAGUCUUGAAAAAACAGCAAGUUGUUAAGAUGAAACAAAUUGAACAUACGAACGAUGAAAGACAUAUGCUAAAAUUAGUCGAGCAUCCCUUCAUCAUUCGUAUGUGGGGGACGUUCCAGGAUGCUAAAAACCUUUUCAUGGUAAUAGACUACAUCGAAGGUGGUGAAUUAUUUUCACUACUUCGUAAAUCUCAUAGGUUCCCCAAUCCUGUUGCUAAAUUUUAUGCAGCCGAGGUAACUUUGGCUUUAGAUUACUUGCAUUCUCACAAUAUUAUUUAUCGUGAUUUGAAGCCUGAAAAUCUCUUGUUGGAUAGAAAUGGUCACAUAAAAAUUACAGAUUUUGGAUUUGCCAAGGAAGUUGUUACGGUAACAUGGACCCUGUGUGGUACACCUGAUUAUAUUGCACCUGAAGUUAUUACGACAAAACCAUAUAAUAAAUCUGUUGAUUGGUGGUCAUUAGGGGUUCUAAUCUUUGAAAUGUUGGCAGGAUAUACACCUUUUUAUGAUGCAACGGCUAUGAAGACUUACGAAAAAAUUCUACAAGGUAAGGUUAAUUAUCCACCAUUCUUCCAUCCUGAUGUUGUUGAUCUUUUGAGUAAAUUGAUCAUGGCGGAUUUAACUAGAAGAUUGGGUAAUUUACAAAGUGGAUCACAGGAUAUUAAAUCACAUCCAUGGUUUGGUGAAGUUAUUUGGGAAAAAUUAUUGGCAAAGGAUAUCGAGACUCCAUAUGAGCCUCCUGUUGUACCCGGCGUUGGUGAUACUUCUUUGUUUGAGAUGUACCCCGAAGAACAUUUAGACUACGGAGCUACCGGUGACGACCCAUACGGUCAAUAUUUCGUCGGAUUUUAG